AUGGACUAUCGACCGCCGCCGGACUCCCAGCGUCCUUUACCCCCUCAACGCGCGGUGAGCGGCUCAUACGCCCUCCAGCAGGGCCCCAGAAGAGCCCCUCUACCGUCUCGCCUUCAAAAUGUGCGAUCGGUAUCGCAACCUGGUCUGCAGGUGGAUAACACGCGCGAUGGAGCAACAGUCGGUGUAAGAAAUACGGCGGCGUUUCUGAGCAAUCAUGGCAUAGUCUCAUCGCCUGGUGGAGGGCAGGAUAGUGAUGGGGAGAUGUCACGUCCGGCGAAAAGGGCAAAGAUCGAAACUGAGGCAUCGCGAGGAGCGGACAACGAGACUUUGGCUACCAGGAACGACAUCGCCCACCUAGUGAUACCAGGAUCACCACUUCCUGCCAUUCCAAAGCCCACGCGGGUUGCACACAAACCAUCCACCAACACCAACCAACGUCGAGCAAAGAUAGACCGGACAGCGCGCCAGGCGAACGGAAUAGAACCGCCCAGCAUUGCAACGCGACUACCAGCUCCCAAAUACGCCGCCGACUUCGGACCAUGGAAGGGAACCCAUCCUGAAGAUGUGUUGAGUGAGUAUGCAGUCAAGUCGGGCUAUUUCGACAAAGCACCUGGUCCAAAUUCCACGGAGUCGAACUCCGCCAAACCUACGAUAUGGCCCAACCUCAGUCAGAAGAACAACAUGGGUCUUCAGACGCUAUCCUACCUCUUCACUCAGGUCAUGGAAAAGCGUCAAAUGAUGGGUAGGUGUACAGCACCGUCUACGUUCAAGCCUCCACCACGUGUGACCGUCACGGAUACGAAACGCGAGGCAUGGCUGCGGGACCUGUCGAACCCCGAGGUGCCUUUGCGGAAGCAAAGCAGAACGAUCCCGCACGGCAUCAGGGGCAAGUUGUUGAUGGAGCAAUGUCUGGGCAAAGACAUUCCCCUGCCACGCGCUGUGUGGCUGGCCAAAUGUGUCGGGGCGAAUGAGCUGCGUGCAUUUCGUCGAAAGGGCGUCAGCGGAGCCAUAGCAGCCAGCGGGGAGAGCAAAUGGGUGAGAGAAUGGACAAUACACGUGGAACAAUUCUUGGAAGGUGCCAUUACAUCCUGCGGGCAGCCCGAGUGGCAGGCGAAGAUGAAUUACGCCGUGAAGUUGGCCACGAGCUUUUACACAGAGCGUCUCCUGGAACGCGAUCAUUAUCUGGAUUGGAUUGUGUCGUCCUUUGCCGGAGCUGGUCCUGAAACGCUGCCUGUUUGGAUCAUCGUUGUGCAGCUGUACUGGCAUGAUAUCAUAGCAUUCGUGCGACGAGGCAGAAAGCUGGCUCAAGCUAUGCUUGGGAUACUUCACCGGAGCGCUUGUGGAAGCAUCUCCAUUGGCGACAUGCUCGAAGCCCGCUUGAAAAAGUUGAUAGUGGUCAUGGCGGUCGCCAGUCGCGGUUGCUUGAUCAUUCCCAAAACCUGGGAGAAAUACAGCUAUCUCCUGGUUCCACAUACCUUUGGAUUGGAUUACUCCAGAUUCCUGGCACAUGCACAAAACCUCAAGAGGCGCAAUUCGCGGCUUACUCUACCUCUUCGCAAGACUUCAGAAAGCACACGAUCGGCCUCUCUGAACUUGUACUCUAUUCUCGAUGCCGCAACGCUCAAUGUCGACUUCGAAGCGCUGACGGCGAGAUGCCUUGCUUCAGUGUCUGAUGUGACGAAGCUCGUGCCAGCAUUGUUGAGUUGGUCCGCGUCGGUCUACCGUGCGGGUACGGCUCGUAUUUAUCUGGCAACCGGCGUACUGUCGCAGCUCAACAGUCUUGGCUACUAUACAGAUGAAAUCGUUAUGGAUUUUGUCAAAACUGGAAGCACAAGUCCCAUCAUAGCUGGAAAUGUCUACAGAGUCAUUGCUGAGUUGAUCCGUGCAAACAGCUUUUCUGCCGGUCGUUACUUGCAAUGGCUAAUGACAAGCGGCUCACUCACGCAGGCUAACCGCUCGCUGUUCUCCAACGGGCUUCUCUCGGCGCUGCCGCUUGAUGCGCUUCAGCCGCACCUGUUGAACUCCAGGAAUAUGCUCCAAAGACGUCUCGGAAACGUUGAGGAUGAGAGUGCUCUUGUGGAAGCUGUGUUGGCGAGAGUGGAAUCCGCUGCAGAUGAAGGUCCGGAGCUUGAGGUUGACAUGAACAUCGUGAGCGAUACUGCCAAGCUGGCAGUCGCCCGACAAGUUUCCAUGAGAGCAGCGAUGAGAGCGAAAGCAGGGACGACUACAUUACGAUAUUUCUGCAGAGUCAGAGUUGUUUUGGAAGCUUGCGGUGAUCUUCGAGCUUUGGCCGAUGUGUUACAAUCUACCAGCCUUACCGAGGAUCCGGCACUGCUUGCAACCAUGGCAGAUACCGUAAACAUUCAUUCGGUCUCCUUUGGGGCGCUAGGCUGCUUUCAAGCCUUGCUGUGGCAGCUUCUGGAGCGCUACAACGUUCUGCGAUCUCAGCAGCCGCUCGACCGAAGAUUUAUCAUCGCGCUGAAAAGCCUCGCCAAACGCUUCCCCGAGAAUGGACAUCUAUUCGGGCAUCUCGAGCAGGACUUGGUGCUCUGCGAGCAGCAGAAUUCGGCGAAUGUUUGUUCCCCGGCUUCUGACAGCAUUGUAAGCAUGCAAGCAUCCAACUUGGCUUCGGACAGCGACAUCGAUGCCGUCUUUGCUAGUGGCAACAACAUGGACGAGCAGCUCAUGCAAAGGAUCUUCUCGCGAGUUGUGCAGCGCGCUCGGAAGACUACAUUGCCAGACAUUCAAUUCCCGAGCAAAAUUUGCGGAUGGCUUGAGCAGCUGCGUGCUGUUGCGGUUGAUCCUUGCAGUUUUGACCAGAUGGCCAUCAACCACAUCCAAGCUUGUUUGAAAGACCCCGCCCAGGUCGUCUCACCAUGUAACGUUAUCACUGCUCUUGUUGCCAGCGGCUGUACAUCGUUCGCUGCCAUGGUCAACGAGGCUAAAUCGCCUGUGGCGGCGUCCGUAAUGGUWCGGCUGUUGACAUCAAAAGCCGUGGCAUACGAGGGCUUGCACGCUGCAGAAACCUAUCAUUUCCGAGUUCAGCAACAGCGAUACUGCUUCGACCAUGCGGACGCCGUGAUACGACUGUUCGUCACCGCAUUGGACCAUCCGGACCUGUUGCUCGAAGACCCAGGACUGGUCGAUCUAAUAUUGAACUAUCCCAUCACCCACCUCAAAGAAGUCACGGAAGCUCUAGCUGGUCGUUCUUGGUCGCAAGCUUCUCUUGCAAACUGUUCACGCUUGGCGGCAACGUUAAUGGGUCUCGGACGUGACUUCGGGACUCUCGACACUCAAUCUAUUGUUGCCAAUGCCGACGCUUUGUCCAUUGCGUACUGUGCAGGUGCUCUGAAAUUGCACGCCAAGCUCACGCCUGAAACAAGCGACGAGGUGCAACAAGCCGUGCUGAACGCUAUAGCCGAUGGCUCCGAAGUAUGGCCUCAGCUGCUGUCGAGCGUCGAUGAAAGCAUCGUGCAAGAGAUCUAUCGAUGGGCCCGUGAUCAGGUGAUGGAAAAGGCCUUUGAUUCCGAACGCCUUAACCCUUUCGAACUGUCAAAGAUACUUCGCUCGCUUGAGAUCCUGGAUGUCACUGUUCAUGCAGCGAAGCAAGACGACCGGGGCACUGUAGUUCCCAUGAUCGUCGAGCAGCUGAAGGCGCUGGAUACACGGCUGACAACGCUUGGCAUCGUUGACCUGGAAGAAGAACACAGUCAGCCAACUGUGCGCUCACUUCGUAUUCUGCUGCACUUGAGCAUUCUCUAUUCGGGCACUUCGAGCACGCGCAACGAAUUGUCGGAACAGAGUCAUUGCCAGCUGCUUGGCUCACUUUGCAAUCUCCUUGUGCACUCCCACUUGCAAGGCCAGCAAGAGUUGCUAGAGUACAUCUACGAUAUCGCCUCGGCCAUGGUCGACAACCUGUCGGAAGCGAACUUAUCAAUGUUGGCAAGAAGCUUUGCUGGCAGAGACAACAGGUUGUCCUCGUUGCUUGGCACAUAUCCAUCGCCUGAUGCUUGGCUUGCCAUCGCAUCUCAUCCUCAACCUCAAGGUACGCAGCAGCAGCGUACUUUGAUGAAGCAAUCAGGGAGCCAGCAGMAGGUUCCCGGUAGACAGCCGCCGCAGCAGUCACCAGUACAACAGCAUGGCUUCCAGAGGCCACCGGUCAGAGCGGACGGUAGGCCAGUCAUUGAUGUAAAGAUGGUGCCUUUCCCGCUUCGCCGAUGGGAGAUCAUUUCUGACGCCACACCAAUGAUUGGUGACAACGACACGAGCUUGAGUUUGGGCUUGUUCGGUGCGAGAAAGGUGUAA